AAUGAGAGGAAGCACAAAGAUGGAAGUGUCAUACAUGGUGGUAAUGGUGGUCGCUACAUUGGCCAUGACAUCAAUGGCAACAUUUGAAGAGGAUGAGAAGGAAUGUGCCGACCAGCUUGCAAACCUUGCAUCAUGCAUUCCUUUUGUUGGUGGCACUGCCAGUAAGCCAACUCCCCAGUGUUGCCAGGACACACAAAAAGUGAAGACCAACAAGCCCAAGUGCCUAUGUGUGCUCAUCAAAGAGAGCACUGACCCUUCAAUGGGUCUCCCUGUCAACACCACUUUGGCACUCCAAAUGCCUUCUAUUUGCAAAAUUGAUGCCAGUAUCUCUAACUGUCCAAGUAAUUUCACCCUUCAAAUUCUAUGAACUGAAAAACUUUUAUCUCAUA